AUGUCAUCCAAAUACUCGUCCUUGCCCGACAUUGCAAGUACCAGCUUCGUGUCUUUGCAAAAGUCUUAAUCUGACCUCGCAUCUCACGUCAUCAUUGCAGGACACCGCACCGGACGUUUAUGAAACCGCGGACGUCCCUCUCGAGGCGACACACGCUGUAAGUACCGCUUGUCGAGCGAAAUCGAAACGAACGCAUCUCUAACCGUUUCCUUGCCAUCCCGCAGCUCGACAGCGACUCGGACUCUGACCUCCUCCCCCCUCGAGCCGGUUCUCCCGCCUCGACACGUCGAGGCGCCCUCAACCCCGCCCACGCGAGCGCCGGUCCUUCCUCCUCCAACAGUCGCACGCACAGUCCAGACGACGAGAAUCUCGUUGGGAAAAGGCUGGAUGCGCGCGAGGCGAGGAGGAGGUUCCAAGGUGCUCGAUUCGAAAGAGGUCAGUCUCGUCGGUCGAUCAGGAAGAGGACAGAGAAGAGGGGGAGGGGGGGACCGUGCACCUUUCGUGCAAAGCGGGACCCGGAAUACUCACACCCUAAACCUGGACGAGCGCACAGAUGCGUCGAGUCAGAAGAAAUCAUCGUCGUCGUCGUCGUCGCGUCGUUUGCCGACUACAUCAACGUACGCGCUCGGCGCUUCCCCCUCGCUCAAAGAAGGGAAUCACGAACCUGAAACCACGCUCGAGCGCUUGAGGAGGCUUCGGUUCGAAAUCACCGAAUUGGAGGAGGACGUCAGGAAGGAGCAGGCAGCACAGGACGAACAGAAACCACCUUUCGAGGCCACAGGCGAUCAAGGUCAAGAACCAGGGGAGAGUCCACCGACGGAUCUCAAGGGCAAGAGGAAAAAGGUUCAACGCGAGGUCUCCCCCGCCGUACUGUUGCAACAACUGCAGAUGCUCAGAGGGGAUCUGGGGGCAUUGCAAGUGAACGAAGAGGAGAUCGGAACGAAUGUGUUGCACGGCGAAGGGCAAAAGGUCGAACCGGGGAGCGCACUGUCGGAAAAGGUGCAGACUUCUUCCAGUCUGCUCGCAAAGUUGGGGGCGGCCACGAAUGGAAAACCGCCGCUCGCAUCGACUUCUCAAAGUGGUCUCACUACGGUGGGCAGGGUCGACGAUCAGGGUUCGACGAAUCGGGGUGAUUUGGAGAGACGGGUGGCCGAGAUUGAGAAGCUCGUCGGGGCGAGUGAGGCUGAUGUCGACGAGGUGAGUGGUCCGGGCAAAGAAUGCUCGCAUGGCUAUACUCGUAUUCGACGUUUCAAACUCUCCCACGUGACUGCACGCACAGGCCCAUCCAAUCCCACCCCCUCUACUGACGACCGUCGGGCGGCUCGACCAUCUCCUAACGCUCUUGACCCAACCGCGCCACCUCGACUCGAUCUCUCGUCGGGUCAAAGUACUCGUCUCUGAACUCGAGCGUCUCCACGAAUCGCGUCGUAAAUUAGGCGAUACACGUCCUUUGAACAUUGCUUUGUCGGGUGGGAUGACCGUUUCGAAUGGCCCCGCAUCAUCCGCCGACAAGGGUCCCACAACGAUGAACACCGCCUCGGUGCUCGGUGGUUCAGUGUCCCACCCACCCCAGGCGACAACGUCUUCGACCCAACUCCCUCCCGACGCUCUACAAAAGAUCGACGCGCUCUUUGCGCUUUUACCUCGUCUAGACCCCUUACUACCUCUCGCGCCUCGCGUGCUCAACCGUCUUCGUUCCCUCUCGACCCUGCACACCUCGGCGCACGAAUUCGGCUCGACGCUUGCUCAGUUGAGGGAAGAAGUCGGGAGGUUGACCGAGGCUGAAAAGGGGUUGCAGGAGGUGGUGGAAGGGUUUGGGACGAGUCUGGAGGAGAACGAAGGGAGAAUGAAGGGUAAUUUGGAGGGGUUGGAGAAGAGGGUCAAGGAAGUGGUGCAGAGGUUGGAGGCGUUGGGUAGCGAAGAGGACGAGGAGGACGAGUAG